CCUCUUAUAAAUUCCUCUUCUAUUCCAGUCCAGGUCGCAUGAUCUACUGGCUUCGUAGUCGCCUUGCUGCGACAUUCACCCUACUGCUGCUCCCCAUCCUGUCUCGCACCUUACUUCCCGUAGCAGCUGCUCCCGUCCUUUCUGACAGCACCUGGGUGGGAUGGUUACCACGGCUAUUACUGCCUUCUCGCCUCUGCGGACGUUCCUUGGAUUGUCGAUGGUGGUGCGUUGUCGAGCCACCGCCCCGCUAUCAUGCUCCCGCUUCUUUCUCCCGAAUGCCUCCCAUCGCACGGCUGGAUUCAAUCCAGUUGCUCCUACAUCCGCGUUAGGAACAGCUUCGAAGCUUUCGUCAGCAUUCGCCUCUCCUCAGUCGCCGCUGCUCGUACAUCGAGGCAGCAACCACAGCCAUUCACAUCUCCUGAAAAUGAGGGAAAUUUCUUCCUCCAAUCUCGGGAAGGAUCCUCUUCUCCCCUUCGCUGCUCCAUCCAACCCUGGAGAUACCGAGGCUGGUGACCAAACCUCUGACCCAGCUUCGUCAGCCUCAGGACAAGUUCUCAGUCCAGAAGAGCAGCGUCGGCAGAAGCUUCGGGAUAAUAUGUUUAAAGACGGCGAGUUGGGGAAACGGGGGGAGGAAUACGUGGCAAUCCAGAUGCUACUAUUUGCUGGCAUCGCUUUCCCGCCCGAUUUCCUCUUCUCUUCCUUGCUCCCGCUCACCUUUUUCGAUCCCAGCGACGUUUGGUAUUUCAACUACGUUAUAGGAGCCGCGUUAUUCUGCAUUGGCGGCUGGUUCUCUUCUAACGCGGUCAAGGAUCUCGGGACGAAUCUCUCUCCUUUCCCCAAGCCGCCAACGGAUUCCGAGCUCGAAACUGGCGGGAUGUACGCGGUAGUGCGUCACCCCAUAUACAGUGGCGCGCUACUGCUCGCAACUGGGUUAACCCUCCUUACCUGCAGUACAGGACGGGGAAUUCUGACAGUUCUGCUGCUGCUGCUGUUUGACAAGAAAGCUGCAGUGGAAGAGGGUUACCUGGUUGAUAAGUAUGGCCGGCAGUAUCAGGAGUACAAGCAGAAAGUGAAGAAGCUUAUUCCAUAUCUGUACUAGCCUGCCAGCUGUCCUGUAUCUCUAGAACUCCAUCUCUUCUUAGUCUCUGACUGGCUUUCACGAAGACAGGCUGCUGUGCUGUUGAGGUUGGACCCUGAUAUUGGGCUCACGUCAAGGUUCUGCCUGCAGCUAUGUUAUAUGAAGAUGAUGAAAUGGAGUUGGCACAUCCA